GAACCUUGUGGGAAGUUUGAAUUGAGCGCUUUGCAUGCAAUGCCGGGUGAUACCAAGCCAAACGGCAAGACCUCCAAUGGACGUUCAAAGAGGUCAAGGUCCAGAUCAAGGUCGAAAUCUUCUGCACAAAAGUCGGACAAAGAAGCCGCAGGGGAACAAAAAGUUGCCUCAACAAGAGGUGCUCCGCGCGUACAAGCGCCAGAAGAUUUGCCUGUUUUGGCCUAUCGCGAGAAUAUCAUUGACAUGUUGGUGGAGAAUCGGAUCAUCGUUGUUGUGGGAGAGACGGGGUCAGGCAAGACGACCCAGAUCCCCCAAUAUUUGCUGGAUUCCGAACGAUUCCAAUGCCUCUUUGAGAACAAACGUGGCCUGCGAGUGGCCAUCACCCAGCCUCGACGUGUCGCGGCCGUGGCGAUGGCGCGGCGGGUCUCCGAUGAGCGCGGAACGAGACUGGGUGAUGUGGUUGGCUAUUGUAUUCGCUUCGAAGACAAGUCAGGCGCCAGUACCCGACUGCGCUACAUGACCGAUGGCUGCUUGUUACGUGAGUGCCUGGGGGAUCCCAACUUGGCCAACUACGAUGUGGUGAUCCUGGACGAGGCCCACGAGCGCUCGUUGCACACGGACGUGCUCUUUGCGCUGAUGAAGCGCGCGGUGAAGAGCCGCAACGGGCAGCUGCGGAUGCUGGUGACCUCGGCGACGCUGGACACGGGUGCUUUCUCUGAGUACUUUGACUGCCCAGUGCUGGAAGUGCCGGGGCGAAGCUUCACAGUGGACCUGCACUACCACCCGGUGUCCAAGACACAAAGAGUGGAGGCUGCGGUGAAUGUGGCGUUGAAUUUGCAUGUUCGCGAGGGGCCGGGCCACAUUCUGGUCUUUCUGACUGGGAUGGAGGAAUGUGAGCAGGCAGUCAAUCUCGCGAACACAAAGCUGCAAAACAUGGUUGAGAGUGGCAAGGAGGUCUCUGAUUGUUUGAUCGUGCCUCUCUAUGGGAUGAUGCAGUCAGACGAUCAGCGCAAUGUGUUCGAAGAAGUGCCGGAAGGAUGUCGGAAGUUGGUCUUCUCCACGAACAUUGCCGAGACCUCUUUGACCGUCGCUGGUGUUGGCUUUGUGGUCGACUGCGGUUACUGCAAGCAGAAGUUCUUCAACCCCACAACGGGGAUGGAGUCCCUCCAGGUGACCGAAGUCUCCCAGGUGCAAGCGAAGCAACGCGCCGGCCGGGCCGGUCGAACGCAGCAUGGCAAGUGCUUUCGCUUGUACUCCGAAGAGACCUUCCAUCGGUCUCUUUUGAAGAUCACGGUGCCGGAGAUCUUGCGAUCCAAUUUGGCAUCGGUCUCUCUUCAGAUGAAGGCCAUGGGAAUUGAGGAUGUGGUGAACUUCGAUUUCAUGGAGCCUCCGGAUCGUGUCCGCUUGGUGAAGUCCCUGCGGCUCCUCUUCUUGAUCGGAGCGCUGGACGCGGACGGCAAGCUCACGAGCCUAGGAGAGAGGAUCUCCCAGCUGCCACUGGAGCCUCAGUAUGGACGGGUUUUGCUCUCUGCAGUUGACUUGGGUUGUGUCUCGGAGGCUCUGACCUUGGUUUCCAUGCUGAGCUCCGAGGGCAUUUGGUUUCGUCCUUCGCGGCAGAAUGCGGACCAAUGGGAAGAGGCUCAAGCGACUCAGGAGCGUUUUGUUCAUCGCCUCGGAGAUCACUUGACCUUGAUUCGGGUCUAUAACAUGUGGGAAGAAGAAGGAUGCAGUCCGGAGUGGUGCAAGGCCAACUUUCUUCACUUUCGGGCACUGCGGCAGGCCAGGGACAUUCGAGGGCAGCUCUAUGAGCAGCUGGAGAAGGUUUCUGAGGCAUCUGUCCGCAAAGCCGUUCAGAAGCGGGAACGGGAUGACCGAGACCGGCGGCGUGACCGUGACAGAGGCAGCAGCAUUGGUGCAGAGGAGGCCCUGCUGCAAUCGCUUUGUUCAGGCUUCUACAUGCAAAGCGCUCGGGCCUGUGGUGCUGCUGGCGGUUGGCUCAUCGUAGGCGAGAACGUCUUGGUGAAGUGCGAAUCGUCCAGCGCCAUGGACGGGUCAUCUGCGGAGUGGGUCCUUUAUACUGACCUCGUUGGAAGCACUGUGGCCAAUUGCAUGAUGCGAACUGUGUCAGCUAUGGAUCACAAGUGGCUUCAGCCAUUGCUUCCGAAGCUCGGAGAGGUGGACAUGAAGCGUUUGGUUGGCUUGGCCAAGGUCUCGAAGCAAGCACCCGAGGCUGAAGUGAAGAAGGGUGCUGAGGAGGUGGCCAAGGACAGGGCAGAGAAGGUUGGUGGUGCUCGCGAGCGUUACCUGGCUCGCAAGAACAAGACCCCAGCGAAGUCCUGAAAAAGAGAUGGGGACGGAGAGUUCUUAGUGCUGG